CCCCCGCCCCCGCCCCCCUACCCCCCCAGGCUCCCGGGUCGCUCUCCUCAGGCGGUCGCCCGCACUCGGUGGAUGUGGCUGGCAGCCGCCGCCCCCUCCCUCGCUCGCCGCCUGCUCUUCCUCGGCCCUCCGCCUCCUCCCCUCCUCCUUCUCCUCCUCAGCCGCUCUUCUCGCCGCCGCCGCCGCCGCCUCCACAGCCUGGGCCUCGCCGCGAUGCCGGAGAAGAGGCCCUUCGAGCGGCUGCCUGCCGAUGUCUCCCCCAUCAACUACAGCCUUUGCCUCAAGCCUGACUUGCUGGACUUCACCUUCGAGGGCAAGCUGGAGGCCGCCGCCCAGGUGAGGCAGGCAACCAAUCAGAUUGUGAUGAAUUGUGCUGAUAUUGACAUUAUUACAGCUUCAUAUGCACCAGAGGGAGAUGAAGAAAUACAUGCUACAGGAUUUAACUAUCAGAAUGAAGAUGAAAAAGUCACCUUGUCUUUUCCUAGUACUCUCCAAACAGGUACGGGAACCUUAAAGAUAGAUUUUGUUGGAGAGCUGAAUGACAAAAUGAAAGGUUUUUAUAGAAGUAAAUAUACUACCCCUUCUGGAGAGGUGCGCUAUGCUGCUGUCACACAGUUUGAGGCUACUGAUGCCCGGAGGGCUUUUCCUUGCUGGGAUGAGCCUGCCAUCAAAGCAACUUUUGAUAUCUCAUUGGUCGUUCCUAAAGACAGAGUAGCUUUAUCAAACAUGAAUGUAAUUGAUCGGAAACCAUACCCUGAUGAUGAAAAUGUAGUGGAAGUGAAGUUUGCCCGCACACCUGUCAUGUCUACAUAUUUGGUGGCAUUUGUUGUGGGUGAAUAUGACUUUGUAGAAACAAGGUCAAAAGACGGUGUGUGUGUCCGUGUUUACACCCCUGUUGGCAAAGCAGAGCAAGGAAAAUUUGCGUUAGAGGUUGCUGCUAAAACCCUGCCUUUUUAUAAGGACUACUUCAAUGUUCCUUAUCCUCUACCUAAAAUUGAUCUCAUUGCUAUUGCAGACUUUGCAGCUGGUGCCAUGGAGAACUGGGGCCUUGUUACUUAUAGGGAGACUGCAUUGCUUAUUGAUCCAAAAAACUCCUGUUCCUCAUCACGCCAGUGGGUUGCUCUGGUUGUGGGACAUGAACUCGCCCAUCAAUGGUUUGGAAAUCUUGUUACUAUGGAAUGGUGGACUCAUCUUUGGUUAAAUGAAGGCUUUGCAUCAUGGAUUGAAUAUUUGUGUGUAGACCACUGCUUCCCAGAGUAUGAUAUCUGGACUCAGUUUGUAUCUGCCGAUUACACCCGUGCCCAGGAGCUUGAUGCUUUAGAUAACAGCCAUCCUAUUGAAGUCAAUGUGGGCCAUCCGGCUGAAGUUGAUGAGAUAUUUGACGCUAUAUCAUAUAGCAAAGGUGCAUCUGUCAUCCGAAUGCUCCAUGACUACAUUGGGGAUAAGGACUUUAAGAAAGGAAUGAACAUGUAUUUAACCAAGUUCCAACAAAAGAAUGCUGCCACAGAGGAUCUCUGGGAAAGUUUAGAGAAUGCCAGUGGUAAACCUAUAGCAGCGGUGAUGAACACCUGGACUAAACAGAUGGGAUUCCCCCUCAUUUAUGUGGAAGCAGAGCAGGUAGAAGAUGACAGAUUAUUGAGGUUGUCCCAAAGGAAGUUCUGUGCCAGUGGACCAUAUGUUGGAGAAGACUGUCCCCAGUGGAUGGUUCCUAUCACGAUCUCUACUAGCGAAGAUCCCAACCAUGCCAAACUGAAAAUUCUGAUGGACAAGCCAGAGAUGAACGUGGUUUUGAAAAAUGUCAAACCGGACCAGUGGGUAAAGUUAAACCUGGGGACAGUUGGAUUUUAUCGGACCCAGUAUAGCUCAGCCAUGCUGGAAAGUUUAUUACCAGGCAUUCGUGACCUUUCUCUGCCCCCUGUGGAUCGACUUGGAUUACAGAAUGACCUCUUCUCCUUGGCUCGAGCUGGAAUCAUUAGCACUGUAGAGGUUCUAAAAGUCAUGGAGGCUUUUGUGAAUGAGCCCAAUUAUACUGUGUGGAGCGACCUGAGCUGUAACCUGGGGAUUCUCUCAACUCUCUUGUCCCACACAGACUUCUAUGAGGAAAUCCAGGAGUUUGUGAAAGAUGUCUUUUCACCUAUAGGGGAGAGACUGGGCUGGGACCCCAAACCUGGAGAAGGUCAUCUAGACGCACUCCUGAGGGGCUUGGUUCUGGGAAAACUAGGAAAAGCAGGACAUAAGGCAACGUUAGAAGAAGCCCGUCGUCGGUUUAAGGACCACGUAGAAGGGAAACAGAUUCUCUCCGCUGAUCUGAGGAGUCCUGUCUAUCUGACUGUUCUGAAGCAUGGUGAUGGCACUACCUUAGACAUUAUGCUAAAGCUUCACAAACAAGCAGAUAUGCAGGAAGAGAAAAACCGAAUUGAAAGGGUCCUUGGGGCUACUCUUUCACCUGAAUUGAUUCAAAAAGUCCUCACGUUUGCACUUUCAGAAGAGGUACGUCCACAGGACACUGUGUCAGUAAUUGGUGGAGUGGCUGGAGGCAGCAAGCAUGGAAGGAAGGCUGCUUGGAAAUUUAUAAAAGACAACUGGGAAGAACUUUAUAAUCGAUACCAGGGAGGAUUCUUAAUAUCCAGACUAAUAAAGCUGUCAGUUGAGGGAUUUGCAGUUGACAAAAUGGCUGGAGAGGUUAAGGCUUUCUUCGAGAGUCACCCCGCUCCGUCAGCUGAGCGUACCAUCCAGCAGUGCUGUGAGAAUAUCCUGCUGAAUGCGGCUUGGCUAAAGCGAGAUGCUGAGAGCAUUCACCAGUACCUCCUUCAGCGAAAGUCCUCGCCCCCUACAGCGUGAGCCCAGCGCGCCACCGCUGCUGCGGUCCUGCUGCUUGGCUGUGGGGGGGCGGGGGGAGGUGGGGCUACUGAACAGCUGAUUCACAUGCAGAGAAUUUGGAGUCUUCUUUCAAACCAGUGGGGGUUGGACAAUGAAUGUAGUUAACUGGUUCCUGCUCACACUCCAGAAUUAAAUUCUAUUGAAAAAGGAAAAUCAGCAAUUCAGCAAAAAAAUAAAAAAAUAAAAAUAAAAAAUAAAAAUGUAAAUAUGAUAGUAAUAAAAUAGAGCAUAACGAAACUGUGAAACUUCCUGAAGCCUUGUCAGUGGUUAAAAGUAUUUAACACUCUCCUCUUAAUGACAGAUGUUCUGUUUUUAUAACCUACCAAAAGGAAACUAGAGGCUUCUGGGGGAAGAAGAUUUUUUGUGAAGUGGGUUCUGCAAGCAGCCUACAAGCCGAGGGUAGUGUCCAUUGCUGGGAAUGGUUAAACGUGAAAGGCUGAUAGCUGGUAUAACAUAGAAUCUGUGCAUAAUUCCAAGUGUUUUUUUGGUUUUUUUGGGUUUGUUAGGCUUUUUUUGUUUGGUUUGUUUUGGGUUUUUUUGUUUUUGUUUUGUUUUUUGGGUUUUUUUGGCAUGGGGACUGAUCGGGAAGAUAUAUUUUCCUGCAUAACUCAAUCUAAACCAAGGAUCAUAAUUUUCCUCCAUGCCUUCCCUUCUGUGUGACCCCACCCCUGGCCAAAAGGAAAAAAAAAAAAAA